GCGGCGGCGGUGGCAGCGGGGGUGCACUGGCGGCCGCCUCUCCAUCCAGCCGUCCGUCCUUCGGUCAUUCACUCACCCUCCAUCAUGAGCACCAAGCAGGUCACGUGCCGAUCUUCAAGGGGCAGUCAUCUUUCUCGUCUAACCGACUCCUUCAAACUACAUGUUAUCUCAUUGGAUCCUCCCCAUAACUUUGUGAGGUAUUUCAUGCAUGGUGUGUGUCGUGAAGGGAGCCAGUGCUUGUUUUCACAUGACUUAUCAACAAGCAAGCCGUCUACAAUCUGCAAGUUCUACCAGAAAGGCUAUUGUGCCUAUGGAUCUCGUUGCAGAUAUGACCACGUGAGGCCAGCAGCGGCAGCCAGCAGUGGCGCAGCGGGUGCCGGGCCUCACAGCCUGCCUUCACCAAUUUUUCACAGUCCACACCCUCCUCCUGAUGUGACUGCGUCUAUAAUGAAAAGCAGCUCCCACGAACCUGGCAAGCGUGAGAAGAGAACACUGGUGCUGAGAGACCGGAAUCUGUGUGGCUUAACUGAAGAAAAGACCAGGCCCUGUGCUGUGAGCGACCUGGAAGGUUGCAGUGACUCAAACGAUAGCGUGGACAUGAAGCCUCAUUCCUACUUAGAUGCCAUCCGGAGUGGCCUGGAUGGUCUGGAAGCCGGCAGCUCAGACGGCAACGAGCAGCAGCUGUGCCCCUACGCGGCCGCUGGCGAGUGCCGCUUUGGAGAUGCUUGUGUCUAUCUCCAUGGGGAUGUUUGUGAGAUCUGUAGGUUACACGUCCUGCAUCCUUUUGACUCAGAGCAAAGAAAGACGCACGAGAAGCUCUGCAUGGCAACCUUUGAACACGAUAUGGAGAAAGCUUUUGCUUUCCAGGCAAGUCAGGAGAAAGUAUGUAACAUCUGCAUGGAGGUGGUCUAUGAGAAACCAUCAGCCUCGGAGAGGAGGUUUGGGAUCCUCUCCAACUGCAACCACACGUACUGCCUGUCCUGCAUCCGACAGUGGAGGUGCGCCAAGCAGUUUGAGAAUCCCAUCAUCAAGUCCUGUCCGGAAUGCCGGGUAAUAUCUGAAUUUGUCAUUCCGAGUGUGUACUGGGUUGAAGACCAGAAUAAGAAAAAUGAACUGAUCGAAGCCUUCAAGCAGGGAAUGGGGAAAAAAGCCUGUAAAUACUUUGAACAAGGCAAAGGGACCUGCCCCUUUGGAGGAAAAUGCCUUUAUCUCCAUGCUUACCCAGAUGGGACAAGAGCUGAACCUGAGAAACCUCGGAAGCAGCUCAGUUCAGAAGGCACUGUGAGGUUCUUCAAUUCUGUCCGGCUUUGGGAUUUUAUUGAGGACAGAGAAAGCCGGCACAUCCCAGCUGCUGAGGAAGAUGAUGUAACUGAACUCGGUGACCUUUUCAUGCACCUUUCAGGAGUGGAAGAGUCUGCCUCAAAUCCUUGAGAGUGAACUGAAGCCCCCUCCCCAGCCCACCCCCUCGCCAUCCCAUCCCCCAGGCUCUCUGCCGGACCAGGCCUGUGUAUUUAGAGAGGGUGUGCUGCAGUUUUACAUUUACUGCAACAGUAGUUGAUGCGUCACUUGGAUUAAGUGAGGUUGUGUUCAACCUUUGUCUGAUCCAGUCUCCAUUAUUACAGCAAUGAAAACAUUGAAGGCUAUAAAAUAAAAAAUUAACAGAAGUAUAUGUAAUCUCCAUUUUCCUGGUUAAUUAAUUCUCCAGUUACUUUUAUGCCUCUGUAUGGCUGUCAGCUGAGGACCAGACUAGCUAAGGUUGAAGAGGUUCAUCAGCGGGUUGGCCUCAGCAUCCCUUGAAGAUUAUCUACUAAGUCACAGGCUUGUGACCUUCACUGGCAGAGGAGGCACCCACACUGACAAAAUGGCAGAUCCUUGAGAGAAUCCAGCCAGUAUCCAUGCACAUGGUCCCUGCCUGGUGGGGGAAAAAACAAAGGGCCAUCCAGUCAGAGACAGUGACUGGCAGCAGAAGGUGCCUUUUCUGCUUGCUGCAUUCUUUUGCCCUUCCUAGGUUAGCCCACAUGGCGUACAUACCCAUAAGGAAAACCCAAUAUAUGAACAUCCAGAUUUACAAAGUAAAGAAACAAUGAAGCAGAUUCUUUGUAUCCUCCCCCCUUGUGCCAGCAGGCAUUUUAAAUGAUCCGAAUUUCAAAAAUCUGAUUUUACACCUUUUCAGGCACACAUAUCAUAGAAAAUAAAGUAUACCUGCAGUGUAAAACUUAA